UCUGUGUUUACACUGCCUGAUUUCUCCCUCCACUUUGUAGUACUCUAGCAUCCUGCAGGACUGCCUGUAUUGUUGGGCAGAGUGAUUGGGGUUUCUGUACAAUCUCCCGUGACCAAUGAGCGGGGUGCUGUCAGGGGUAACCACAUCUGUCAACCGUUCUUGGCCAAUAAAGAGCGGAGCGAGGCGGACCACAGGUGCGCGCCUCUGCGUCCCCUUGGCACAGCGCCCGGGAGAUGCUGGAGAGAGACGCCUAGCUGCCCCGUGGCGCAAAAGAGUUACUGUCAAAGGCAGCCUCCUUUUAACUCCAGCUAUCACUCUGGCUCCGAUAGUUAUGGCGACCGCAACGUCCAACCACUACAGCGUCCUCAGUACCCCCAGCAGCGCGCCGCCGCCGCACUCGGAGUCCGGGAGCAUGCAGCAGGCGGCAGCGUACAGGGACGCGCACACCCUGCUCCAGAACGACUAUAGCACGUUACCGGGCGCUGGGCAUCCGCUCAGCCACGCGCACCAGUGGAUAACGGCGCUGUCUCACGGUGACAGCGGGGCACCCUGGCCGUCUAGUCCCCUCGGAGAACAGGACGUGAAACCCGUAUUGCAUGACAGUGACCGAGAGGAGCUGCAGAACUCCAGCAGUCUGCAGCAGCAGCAGCAGCAACAGCAGCAGCAGCAACAGCGACACCCUCACCUAGCGCACCAGCAGGCGCAUCACGACGCCAGAGCAUGGCGAACCAGCACAGCCACAACGCACAUCUCCGGUAUGGCGACAUCUGAGGGCCAGAGCCUGGUGUACUCUCAGUCCGGCUUCGGUCUGAUGCCGGGGGGAGAGCAGGGGGGGAUGCACCACCACCCUCUGCGCGAAGAGGACCACCACAGCCACAGUCCGCACCUCAGUGAACACGGAGGCGGCCCCGGGGCCCACCAGCAGUCUCUCACACACCAUCACCAGCACGGGGGCCAUCAGGAUCAGUCUGACGAGGACACGCCGACCUCUGACGAGUUGGAGCAGUUUGCCAAGCAGUUCAAACAGCGGCGAAUCAAGCUUGGCUUCACCCAGGCGGACGUGGGACUGGCUCUCGGGACACUGUACGGGAACGUUUUUUCUCAGACGACCAUUUGCAGGUUCGAGGCGCUUCAGCUCAGCUUCAAAAACAUGUGCAAACUAAAACCGUUGUUGAACAAGUGGCUGGAGGAGGCGGACUCCACCUCGGGGAGCCCCACCAGCUUGGAUAAAAUCGCGGCACAGGGACGGAAAAGGAAAAAGAGAACCUCCAUUGAGGUGGGCGUCAAAGGGGCUCUGGAGAGCCAUUUUCUCAAAUGUCCAAAACCGGGAGCAGCGGAGAUCAACUCCCUAGCGGACAGCCUGCAGCUGGAGAAGGAGGUGGUGAGGGUUUGGUUUUGUAACCGGCGGCAAAAGGAGAAGAGGAUGACGCCCGCUGGGGGACAGAUACCUGGAGGAGAGGACAUGUACGGGGACACCCCUCCUCGCCACGGAGGACAAACUCCCGUGCAGUGACCUCAGUUCUCAAUCCCGAGUAAAAACACGGACCCCUUAAAGGAGGUAUAACGCCUCCUUAUUUCUUUUAUUCUCUGUGCUGGACCGCUCGGAACUGGACCUCAGCCAGUUUAGAUGUUGGACCCACGGACAGACACAGUGGGGACACGCAGUGGCACGCGAGCGCUAAAAAUACUCAUAGCAGAGCCGUAUGGAGAGGUUUCAUGCCGCAGAACUGCCAAACGUAUCGGGGUGGUGUGUGCUAACCAGAAAAAAAAGAAUAAGAAAAAAACAGCGACAUUGUCUUUAUGCCAGACCCAGGCGCCAGUGUGCCAUCAUCAAAUAUGUUAUUUAAAAAAUAGAAGAAGAAGAGAUGAAAAAAAGGCAGAGUGUGACACGGACGAGACGUGUCCGCGGGGAGAAAAAACAUAAAAACUCGCUUCGGGCAUGAUGAUUUAGUCGCAGUGAGUGUGGGUAAAUAAACGCCAUCUUUCCAUCAUAACAAAAGCAACAGGGGUUCUUCGCGGCUUGUGGCAAGAGAGGGCUGAAAUGGCAGACACCUGCUCUACAAUGUUUAAAA